AAUUCUUGUUUGAGUAAUGAAAUUAGUGAUUUUUGGGUAAUUUUGAUUUAUUUAUCAUAAAUCCUUGUUUGACCGAUUUAGGGUCAAUUGUGUUCGACCCAAAUCUUCAGAGAGUGAAAGUUGUUUACUUUCUGGAAGUUUGAUGUAAUUUAUCAUACUCUUAGCAGUAAGUGGUAAUUUAUUGUAACUUAUCUUCUUUGAACGGUGAAUAUAGUGAUUUGUGGGGUACUUUGAGGUAUUUAUCAUAAUGUUCUUGCUUGAGUGGUAAAAUGUUGUUAUUUUGGGAUUUGUUUUCAUCAAUGGUGUACAACCUAAAGCUCUUAACUUUCUGAAAGUUUGAGGUAAUUCAACAUAUCUGUUAUUGUUUGAGCAUGAAAUUGAGUGAUUUAUGCCCUCAGGACUUUAGUCAAAGUGGUAAGAGCCCAAUACGUGACGUUGGGUUAGGCGCACAACACGGGUUAGAACAGUGACACAGUCAAAAGCCUGGUAUUUAAUUGUGGUAAGGGUAGAGGGGCGGGCCUGUCAUCGGGCGAGUUUCGAACUGUGCACCGCUAGCCGUUGGGGAUUUUUCGGUUAUCAAAAGAAUAAAAAAUUCAGUGGUUCUGGGGGCUGUUUUAUCAGUUGUGUUCAACCUGAAUAUUUAGAUUCCCAAUGUUUAUUGCAUUUUAAUAGUUUGAGGUAAAUCUUUUAUUUCCCCCUUAAAACCUUUUGUCAUUGAAAAGACAAAUAUAGAAAAGGAAGCUCUUUUGUUAAUCCUUGAUUUGUAGGCUUGUAAUUGCUGAAAAUGGAAUGGGUGAAUGGAAGGUUGGAAGCAGACCUUUAUAAAUGCAAUAAGAUGAAAGGGGAAAGUUAGUUAAAACUAUAAGUUUGGAUCACACUUUUGGCGUCAACAAUAUGUAAAGUUUAUUGGAAUAUCAUAUAAGUAUGGGCAGCCAAUCUGGAACAGACGAAGAGCCUCCAUCAGAAAGAUUGCCAAUUCUUACAGGCGGGAUAGUAGCUCUGGGGAAAUUUGAUGCACUCCAUAUUGGUCACCGCGAGCUUGCAAUUCAAGCAGCAAAGAGAGGAAUUCCAUUUCUUCUUUCAUUUGUUGGAAUGGCGGAAGUACUUGGAUGGGAACCAAGGGCUCCCAUUGUUGCUGAAUGUGAUCGCAAAAGGAUUCUUUCGUCUUGGGCUCCUUAUUGCGGUAGUAUAAUGCCAAGGGAACUCCAGAUAGAUUUUUCAAAAGUUCGAUAUCUUACGCCUUGUCAGUUUGUGGAGAAGCUCUCCAAAGAGCUGGGAGUACGAGGAGUUGUUGCUGGCGAGAAUUAUCGUUUUGGAUAUAGAGCUGCUGGUGAUGCAUCAGACCUUGUGAAGCUCUGUGAGGAGUAUGGAUUAGAGGCUUAUAUAAUCAAUUCUGUCAUGGACACAAAUCAAAUUUCUGGAGACUUGAACUCUAAAGACGGUAAAGAGAGAGGGCAAGUAUCAUCUACUCGUGUUAGGUAUGCCCUUCACAAGGGAGACAUGAAAUAUGUGUCAGAGCUAUUAGGUCGGAACCAUCGUCUUAUUUUAAUGAUGGAAGACCAAGAAAGGUUUACUAGUGAGAGAAAUAGGCUGUCUGCUCCAAAGUCUUGUUUGUUGAAUCUUGCACCUAAGGAAGGUCUUUAUGAGAAUUGUUCAGUUUUGAUUGACAAGAAUGUUAUUCCCUGCAGAGUAAUAGUUGAUACAACAUAUAUUCAUUUGGAAUCCUAUGAGGUAGCUAGUUUUUCCUGUGUUACUUCUCAAGACUUAAAGAUAUUGGGUAUUGACUUUGGUAGUCCAGAGUUAGAAGGGGUUCAAAUUUUGUAAUUCAUUCCCGAUAAUUUGUUAGUGCAACCAUUUCUGAAUGUCCUUCAGUGUUUAAGUAUGAGUAUGAUUUUUUAAGCGGUACCUUUCUGCUAAAUUCACAUUCUUUUUACGGGAACAUAGCUGAAUUUACUGAUAUUCUAAUAUCUAAGAAUCUGAUAGUGUGAAUAGAAUUGAGAUGAUAAAAGUGCAACAAAAUAGCAAAUAUCAUUAUGUAAUGACUUUUGACCAUUACCAUACAUAAUGGAUUUUGUUCUAUCACUA